CGCUACAAUCCAACCAUGCGGCUUUUUCGUGAUGGGACCCAGCCGUCAGCACAUGCGCGCGGCCUUCGAAAACAUCUGAGUCCACACAACACAUUCAAUAUGUUCUACCUAUGAGAGAGUGAGUAUUCGUAUUCGUUGCUGCGUACGUACGUGCUGCGUCUGUUACCCAUAGUUACGCACACGCAUUCCAACGUACAACGUACAACUGUGACGCUGUUCCAGAGACUGUGCAGUCGCAGUGUGCGCAACGCGAUACACACGCAAGAGUAGACGAGUCCCGCCGCCUCCAGCUGAUCCCGCGCCGCAAUUAAACAUGGCGGUGUAGGUUAUGUGUCCGCGUACGCGCUCGCGUCCGCGUCGUCCGAGAAUAACCAUUAAGCAAUAAAUGUGCCUAGCUCCAGCGGGGUGCUGAUCGACGUCUGAUCAUGUCCGAGCCGAACAGUGUGGGGAAGAACAAGGUGAAGCUCAGCGUUGGAAAACUGCUCAAUGUCGGCGGCGGCGGCGGUGGCAGCAGUAAUAAUCCCGGCGGUGACGUCGGCCGGCUGCUGCCGCCGUCGAUUGUUACACCCGUGCUGCGCGACGUGGGGAAGCUCGCCGCCAGCGUGGCGGCAGUCAAUACCAAUGGGAAGGGAGGCAGCGGGUCAGCAACAGGAAAUCCACGGAACAAAUGCAGCCUGGCGCCGGGGCACUCGUUAAUGGACUGGAUCCGGCUGGGCAAUUCCGGAAAGGAUCUCACCGGCGUCGGUGCGCUCGCCGGGAAAAUUACCGUGUCCCCUGAUGAAAUGAUACAGCACAACAAGCGCGAGGAUGCGUGGAUAGCAAUCAGAGGAAACGUCUACAACGUCACAGAAUACCUCGCCUUUCACCCAGGGGGAGUCGAAGAACUCAUGCGUGGUGUUGGACUUCCGGACGCUACAGCACUCUUCGACGAAGUGCAUCCCUGGGUGAAUUAUGACAAAAUGCUGACAAAGUGUUACGUGGGACGCUUGGGCGCCGGCUCUGUAUCGAGCAUUACAGAGACAGGCAACGUGCGUUUCGAGUCACCGAAACUCUCCGACACGCCGGAACCGCCUAAGAUACCGAUAAUUCCUGUGAUGCGAACUUAUAACAUAGCCGUCAACGAUGACCGACAGGUGCGCUUCGACUGGAUUCAGAAACACGACAUUCUAGUCCUAUAUUUCUACACGGGUGCUUAUUCAAAUCCAUACUUCGACAUUCGCCGGCCUUUCGAGAACAAGUGGACGUUUGUGAUCACCUUUGUGGAGUCGGUGUUCACGUUCAAGUACUCUCCGCAGGAGAACCUCAGAUGGCCACCGCGGUUCAAGGUCUUCUACGAGACCGGGAAGAUUGAGGUGGGCUUCGAAAAAGAAGUGAAAAAGACAUGGCCUACGUGCGGGACGCUGGAACAGAGCAAACGUAAAAUCAUUCCGCAGGAAUGGAAAAGAAAGUAUAUUAUCAAAGAGCACGUCAUGAUCAAUAAGAGCACAUUCAUGAUGUCGCUUCAGAAAACCGACAUGAGCUUAUGCAACACACCAUUAGGAUAUCAUAUUAUGUUAUAUAACGAUGUAAACGAUGCCAGGGAAUACACACCAGUGCCACAUUUAUUCAUAAAGCCAGACAACCAAGAUCCGAGGGAAGCCUUCAACUCACCCUUCGUCACUUUACUCAUUCGACGGUAUUCCGACGGUCGUUUGAGCAACUUUCUCUACAACAAACAAGUGGGUGACACUGUUCUCGGCUCGGAGCCGAUGGGAACAUUCGAUCUACAAUUGAUUUCGGACAAGCAACAUUUCCUCUUCAUUUCUGGUGGCGUAGGCAUCACUCCAUUCCUUAGUAUAAUUCAAUUCCUGCUCGAGAAAAAGCUUAAACCUGUCCAACUAAUCAUGCUAGUCAACUUCAAUCAAACGUCGCAGUAUCAGUUCCUACAUAAGAAGUUCGAAAUUCUCACCGAGGAUCCCCGAUUCACCUUCGUUCCUGUUCUAACCCAGCCUGGUCCAUCAGAUUAUUCCAAUAUUAGCGGUUACAUGUCCGAGGAACUGAUGCGGACUUUCCUACAGAAAGGUUUCCCCGGUGUGCACGUGCAAGACAUUUUCUUUCUGUGUUGUGGUCCGUCAUCGCUCAACAACGGCUGCUUUGAGCAGUUGAUGCAUCUUGGGGUAGACAUCGAUAACACCUACUUCUUUUCGGCGACGUCUGUGCAGCAGAAUGAAACUGCGGGGAUUAGUGUCAGCGACAUAAGCGUCAAACACGGUCUAGAUAUGGAUGAGAUUGUGGAGUGGAUGGAGAAGUUGGAUCAUUACCAAGACUUUCCGAAUUUUCUCAAGGGUGUUGACGACCGACGGUCCUCAGCGGCGCCGCCGACGAUCCCGCUACGGCAUUCCCAAGGUGCUACCAAUGUGUCGUUCUGUAUCUUUUGCCUUUGCAUUCCCAUUCCGCGCUCCUACGUCGUGCACCUGAAGCGCGCCUUCACCGACUUUUUCUGUCCGUGGAGACGGAAUGCAGUGUGAGGUUGAAACGCAAUGAUGAAAAUGGGUCCAGCAAUAAUUAACCAGAAAACAUACGUCCAGCUGCGCAAGAUGCGAUGGCGCAUCCAUAGCGAUAUUCACUAAUUGAACAAAUUCAAACAAACCAAAACAAAAAAAAACUGACGGCUUCUGCUCGUUUUGCACGCUGGCUAUCGCGUUCGUGAAUUGUUUUCUACCAAAGAAUGUAACACCGCACUGUUUCUAGUAGAGUGUGUACAUUGCUAGCCUAAGGAGACUAAAACAAAUUUAUUACUUAUAAGAGAUGAAAUAUUUUGUGCACGACGCUAUUGAUACGAGUACUUAAGUAAAUAAUGUGACAUAUCCUGCACCGUUCAAGUAGUUGCACCUCAGGGAAUCGGAGAACCACCGUUUACGGACGAUUCUAUUAGUGAAAUUAACUCUACUGCAGGCAAAUUGUUAUCGUUGCGUUCGUUCCAAUGGUUGGACCAUCGAGUUUAUUUAUUGUAUAUAUUGACAAUCUGGAUUGUAAACAAGCAAUAAUUGUUUGUAUUUGGUUUCUGAUGUAACAACCAUCGUAUUAAAAUUACCGUUUUCCAUA